UCAUGACCCCACCAAAGAUGCUCAGUGGGUAGGGUGGAAAACCUUGGGAGGAGCCUUGUGCGGAACAUCAUAGGCAGUACUUGUUUUAUUUUAUUUCCAGUUUUGGUUUCCACAGAUCAACCCUUUCCUAGUGAAAGGGAGUGAGUGGGCAGGGAUGUGCAAACUGCAAAAUCAUUGAAACACAGCCUCCUCACCUCCCUUGGCACAGAUCAAACACAGAUACCUGCAGCUAACUGGUGACGGGUGACACUGAGGAGCACUGUAGGCAGGUAGUAAUUUCUGUGGAUUUUAGGGAAAGCAUUCCCCAGGGGCAGUUAGCCACCGUGUGGCUGUCUUCUGGAGCCUUGACACAGUUAAUUUUGCAUCUAAAAAUGCUUGUGUAGAAGAGGACAAGGAAUAAAAUGACAUGUAACAUUGUCACGAAUGCUGCAUUUCAUCUGGGAAAAAUGUAAUGGGCUUUUCUGCCUAUGAAAACAAAAGUGAAAUGAGAACAGGAACUCCAACACUUGCAGGUCAUGUUCACAAAGCACAGCAGAAAGCGGAUUAGGAUGAGCUCCAAACAGACCUGCAGAAAUGAGAAGUUCACAGACACUUUAGCCGUCUCAGGUCACUAGAGAUGACUUCUCUGUCAUUAGGUGUAUACAAAGAGAGACACGCAGACUUUUCUGUUAUCUUGUGCUGUAAAUUUCUAAAUAGUUUUCGUGAAAAUGGCAAAAGUUUUUCUUGAACUGAAUCACAAUUUAAAUGUUGGAAAACAGACAAUAUGAAAAAAACCCAAAAUGUUAAGUCUCAAAGUUAAAGAAAGGUGGCUUAAGCCACUUAUGGCUUAAGCCUUGCAGGUCCUUCAAGAGUCUCUUAGACCUUUGAGCAACCGAUCAGUAUCAGCAUGGAACAGUGAAAGGUGAGCUUGUUUGCUUAUUCCUUGUAUUGAAAACUCAAGUUUCGGGCCUUCCUUUUGAUACCUCUUAAAUUCAGUUGAAAAGGAGAUAUUUGAUUCAGUUGAGAAAUGUGCAUAAAUUAUGUAAAAUUUCAUAGUUCCUUCAGAUCCAGUAAACGUUGGUGCUUGAUUGCCACCCUGGUGUUCAAGAUUAAUUGUAUGUUUUAAGAUUUUGCUUAAUUUUCAUUUCCCAGGUAUGAACACACAAUCACCAUCAUUUGGGCUGCUUUUAUAUUUUGUCAAAGAUUUAAGAUUCUAAUCAUUUUGCCGCUGAUACUGAAUUAGCUUGUUUGAAAAGCAGUUUUUUCUUCAGUUGCAUAUUGCAGGGAUGUUCUGAGAAUGAGGAUAGCGGCUGCUUAAAACGAGGUGUAGUUUUGAGGCGUUUUGAAAGAGCACGAGAUAACAGUGGAAUGGGUUUAGCUGAGCGUACAAACGUUUCAUUUCCUCAUGCAAAUGUGGUCAUGCUUUGGGAGUGCUGAAGAGUGGGGUUUUGCUCUGUCUCUGUGCAGGUGAGAAAUAAAUAUGAGCUUGGCAACACACGACCAUCAGUGCCAGGACCCUGUGAUCUGAACCGCGUCUUCAGCUGACUUCCCAGUGGCCGGGCGCUGUUGAUCGUGCACCAUGGAGGACUGCCUUCACACCUCCUCUGAAAAUCUCUCCAAGCUGGUGAGCUGGGCCCACAGCCAUGGGACCAUCUGCAGCCUCAUCCCCAACCUCAAGCACCUGCUUUCCGAGGGGGCCCACGGCAACCUGACAGCCAUGUGGGGCUGCAGUGCUGGCCAUGCCUACCACUGGCCCCUGGCUGCCACUUGCCGGGCCGGCUCACAGGAGCGCGUCUGCUUCCAGGACAGCCGCAGCUUCAACUCGGACAGCCCCAGCAUGCUGGGGGUGCCAUCAGAGGCUCAGGCCAGCCCCCUGGAGCGCUACCCAGGCCGGCCGGGCAAAGCCAAGCUGGACUGCACCCGCACUCGUGACUCCUGCGACUUCUCCUACUGCAGCGAGCCGUCGGAGCUGGCACGACGCUCUUCCGAUCUCGAGCCGUCGGAGCUGGGCGAGCCUGUGGAGGAGUACGAGGACGAGGCCACCCUCUUCGACAUGGUCUGUGAGUCCUCCGUCACCGAUGAGGACAGCGACUUCGAGCCGCACCUGCACCGCGCUCCCGCCGGCCCCCCCCGGGGGGCAGGCGGCGGCCCUGCGGCUGCCCUGCAGGUGCCAGCCACCAGCUCCAACGCCAUCACCCCCGCUGGAAAACCCAUCAGCAUCCCCCUCUCAGCCCUGCAGCUGCCCGGUCAGGAGGAGCCACCGGCGGCUGCUGAGGAGACCCUCCCGUCCGUGCCACAGCUGGCCCCGGGUGGUGAGGUGGCCGGCUCGCCCUCGGUGAGCGCCGAGCCUGAGGUCAGCUCCAGCCAGCAGCAGCCCCACGCCGCACCCACCACCAUCCCCGAGGCAGCCGUGCCGCCGAUGCCAGACCAGGAUGAGAGAGCAGCAGAGCUCAGCAGGGAGCAGAAUGAGAAGACCAUUCGCAGCACGCAGACAGCUCUCCGAAAUUUCCGAGAAUUCCUCAUUUCCAAGUACCCCUCUGAGACCCGUGAGAUCUAUGUCAUCCCCUGCAAAGAGCUUGAUGCCUACCUUGCGUCCUUCUUUGUGGAUGCCAGACAAAAAGAUGGGUCUGAGUAUGAGCCAAACAGUCUGGCCAACUACCAGUGUGGACUGGAGCGGUAUCUCAAAGAGCACAGGUAUGGAUACAGUAUUACAAGGGAUAAGGAAUUCAAGAGGUCCCAGGAAGCUCUAAAGCAAAAGCAAAUAGAGCUGAGGUGUAAAGGCAAAGGAAACAAGCCGCACAAGUCCAUGAAACUUACCUUUGCUGAUGAGCUUAUCCUGCGCAAAAGAGGCUUAUUGAGCCGGUACAAUCCUGAAGGGCUUCUGAACCUUGUGUGGCUGAACAAUACUAAGGCGUUCGGACACUGCACGGGUUUCCAUGGGUCCACCCUCAAGUGGGGAGACAUCCGUCUGCGGGUGACAGAGACUGGGUUGGAGUACCUGGAGUGGAUGGGGCCGGACAGCGGGGAUGUGAGUACCAAGAGCAAGAGAGGCGGGACGGACUCGCGGGUGUACGCCACGCAGCACUCCCCGCAGACCUGCCCCGUGCAGGACUACAAGGAGUACGCCCAGCGGCGCCCUCCGGCCAUGCGCUACGAGGACGCGCCUUUCUACCUGUCCAUCAAACCCGUCGUCAACCUGGCUGCCCUUCACUGGUACAACUGCCAAGCCCUGGGGAAAAACAAGCUUGCCAAGAUGGUGAAGACCAUGUGUGAGAAAGGCAACAUCCCUGGGCGCAAGACCAACUUCAGCGUCUACCAGAGCUGCAGCACCCUCUCAGAAGCUCAGAGCAACCAGCUGGUGCUGAUCUGCAAUAACUUGAGCCAGCAGGCUGCCCAGUCCAUGGCAAGCCACUCCAAUACUGGCAACUUCAUAGUGUCAGCGUCCUAUGACUCUUCAUCUGACAUGGCUUGAAAGACCACUGAACACUUUUUUCUUUUUGUUUCAAGCAUUGAAUUUGUGCUCAAUAAUACACAUCAGCCGUGAU